UUCCAUGUUGCUAGAAAAAUGGCAUUCGGAGUAUUUACAGCUACGUGAUGCGAUUGAGCGCUAUCUUCAAAGCAUUAAACGAAAUGCAAAUACAACAAAUACUCUCUCCGAGGAUUUCAUGAACCGAGCACAGAAGCUGAGAGAGACACAAUUGGAACAGGAAGUGCAAAGAGCGUUAGAGCUGUCGAAUGAUAAAAUUUUGGCUGUGUUUCGUGAAUGGUCAUCACAGUUGACCACUAAAAAUGCGGAGGCAGGUGAACGACUACGCAAAAUGAAAGAUCAACUCACUAUGAACCUCUCCUCCGACAAUUACACAACGCUGGUCGUUGCUGGUAAAUCGAGUGAGCAUGCAAUCGAUCCCGACAAUGAGGACCAUGAAACUUAUUUGAGUAAAUUUAAAAACAAAGUUUUUGAUAAAUUACGUUUUCUAAUCGAAGAGCAUAUAACCAACGAUCCUGAUGUCAUCAAGGGGAGAAGAAAGACUGUGCAGGAAAUCUUCCACGAGCAUGCCACACAUUUGCGCAUUCUUCGCGAACAUCAUGAUGCCGCUGCUUUGGCUUCGAGUCGUGUGCCGGGACGUUUGCGUCAGAAUUUGCUAGCCAAUUUCCGCAAUGGCAGUCGUCAUGCACCCUACUUCAUUUAUGGGCCCCAUGGCAGCGGCAAGAGUGCGCUCCUGGUGAACUUGUAUCACCAGUGUAAGGAUUGGUUCAAUUCGACACGCGUCUAUCGCGUUAUGCGCUUUGCUGCCGCUUCACCGCGCUCUGCCUACAAUCUCGAAUUAUUACGCGUGAUUUGUCAGCAAAUCUCCAUUAUUUACAAUAUACCCGAAGGUUAUUUACCCAAAGAUGCUUCCUUCGAUCCGGUCUACAUCAACAGCUGGUUCCAAAAUUUACUACGUCGCAUCGAGGAUAUGAGUAAUGAUAUAUUUUUCAUUUUUAUCGACGAUCUACAACUGCUAAAUCCGCUUGAUUGCGACGUGGUGGCGGCACUGUCAUGGCUGCCCACCUCUUUGCCAUGGAAUGUGCAACUCAUCUGCUCGACAACAACACCAAUUGAUCAGCUGCGCUUCACACCAAUGCAACGUGAUCGCUUCAAGUCGGCAGAGUUCCUUUUCGAUUUAACUGCUGAGGAGAAUCGCACUGAGUUGCAUAAGCCACUGGCCGUGGCUGCUGGCCUGCCGGAUAUAUCGUUUACGGAUUUUAUAGCGCACGAAUUUGAACGGCUUGAGGCGCGAUAUGGCAAGAAAUGUGUAGCGCGCUUAGCUGGUUAUAUUACUUGCUCGGAGUUUGGUUUAUCGGAAACGGAGUUGCUCGAACUGCUAAUGCUCACGGACGAUCCAGAGGCAUUCGUUGAGGCGGAGAGAGGAAAUUUCAAUUUCUCUACCUUCAAGCAAAUACACAGUGAUAUGAAAUUUUUGUUGCGUGAUAAAAUCAUGUCUGGCAAAGUUCUGCUAGAGUGGCGUCACAGUUACUGCGCUGAACUCUCAAAAAGCCGUUAUAUGGAUGCACAUAGUACACGAACGAUGCACAUAGCUAUUGCCAAUAUAUUUUUUCAACAGGAAAAUGAAGAGAAUGAUGGAAGCACCAGUGAAAAUGCCUCGGGAGAAAGUGACAAACACUCAGUAAUCAGUCAAAAGGAGAAGGAAAGCAUUUCAGCAUCAGAGCGUAAAGCUUCAUCACAUCACAACGAUGACACAUCCACCUUUUACAAUCCCAUUGCCGCUGAUGUUUCAUACAGUAUGCGACAUGUGGAGGAGAGUUGGCAUCAUUUGAUGCGUUCCGAUGAUAUAGCGAAAUUUAAACAGAUAGCCGUGUGCAAUUUUGAUUUCCUUUUGGCAGCG